AUGUCAAUUACUAUUUCCCCAGAGACAGUUUUUAGUCCUCAUUACCUGUCUCUGCUUACGGAACAUCCACAUUUAGCAUACCCUGAUCCAGAAUCGACUCAAGUUUUUAAUUUAGUAGAUAAUGUUUUAUCUUUACAAAAAUUUGAUGGCACACAGGACUCUCAUAUGAACGAUUACAAUAAGAUUUUAGAUCUCUCUAUAUCUAAGAUGAAUUCGAUCUUAGAAGCUUCAAAAACAUUCGAAACUUUUUUUGUAACGCUCGAAGAGCAAAUAAAAUCCUAUGUUCAUCAAAUAGUUUCCAGUUAUAUAGAGUCUCAAACAUAUAUGACUGAAGAAUCCGUUGCCUCUUCUACUGAUCAAUCAAAAUCACUGGACCAAGUAUUCAUAAAAAUAAGAUUUUUGCUCGACUUGAUACUCGGAAUGAGAGAAGGAUGCGAUACAUUCAUCGUUGCUUCGGAACACGCUUUCUUUGUCAAAAAUAAUUUUCUUUUUACUUUUAUUCCUGAAAAAUUUUCAAGAGAAAAACAACUUCCUUCAGACUACAUGAUAUGUGGAGUUGGAAGCACUAUAUACGUCGUCUCAAAUUCAAAUAAUUCCCUUUUACAAAUCGAAACUUCGUCAAUUAACUCAGAAGAAACAUUUACAUUAAAAGAAUUACUAGGCAAUGAUAUACCAGUUAUAUGUAUAGGCGAUAAAAACGGAAAUUUAGCUUUAAUUCAGAAAAUUAAUGGAAAAAUCGUUCAAAACAUUCUUACUUUAGACCAACAGAACAAAAAUAUGCAAACAGAAUUAUACGAAUCUACCAUGAACGAUUCAAAAUUUUACUUCCGCGAUGGAAAAUUGUAUGAAGUCGGAGAUAAGACUUUUAUCGAUGGAAUUUUAUCAGAAGAGAAACCGAUUUAUCCUAUUUAUGCAGAAAAAACGAGUUCUUUCUUUAUUGAAGACGGAAAAAUUUUAUAUCAAAAAUAUCCUGGCGAAAACAAGUCAGAAAUCAUCGAUUCAUUACUUACUCUCAUCAAACCAUUCCCUACAACGAAAGACAAGUUCAUUAAUCCAUUACUUCAUGACAAAAAAGUUAAUUAUUUACAAUUCACUCAAAAUAUCACUUCAACAUCUAGAUUAAUACUUUAUAUCAUGGAGCGAGUUAAUGUACUACCACAAGAGCAUCGAAUUGGCCUUGUAGCAGGCUUAAUGACCAUACUUACGAUAAAUUUACGUCAUUUCGCAUUCCAAAACGUUGAACCAUCGACCAUGAAUGAAAUUUACAACAUCUACAAGCACUUCUCACAAUACUCAACCUCUCUUUCCAUAUCAAUUCUCCAGUGGAUGUCUGUAAUUCCUUCGACCAUUUAUUCUGACACUUUUAUCGUAAAUCAAAUUUUACGACCCGCCUUUUCAUAUGUAUAUAUGAACAAAGAAUACUCCGCCAUCAAAGAUUUCGUAUUAAAGAAGCCUCAAUCGUUAAUUUUAGUUUCCGAAGAUUUGAUAUCUCAAUUACCCGACCAAGAAGGCAUUCUUUUGAUAAUUAAGACCAUCGACUACUUGCCUAUCUGUUACGAAGCAAUGAAUGCCGUAGAAAGUUGUGCGGAAUACGUUUCUAUCGUUCUCAAAACAAUUUCCAAACUUUUAGACAGAAAAAUGAUAUAUAAUGCCAACAGAUACUUCCAACACUUAGUUUAUUCACUGUCUACACUUAACAAUUCCCAUCAAAUCGCCGAAGUUUUCAUCAAAGAUUCGAUGAAAAAUUUGAUAAAACUUUCAAAAGAAGUCGAGAAAACAGAAAUUUCUGAUACAUGUGAUAAGAAUUUCACAGGAUUAGAAUCUGUUUAUACAAAACAGAAAGACUUCUUUGAAGUUUACCAUUUGGUUGAUGAUAUCCAAUUAACUAUUGAUGCAGGAAAAAUAAGGAAUUUGAAAGUAACUGUUUCUGAUGAAUUAGAAACAAAUUCUACUUUAAUUUUAAAUGGAACUAAAUAUACAGUUCAAAAUGGUUUGGUUGUAGAAAUAUUCUCAUCAAUCAUUAAUCUGUCGUAUAUUGAUAGAUGUGAUGAACAACAUGAAGUUAUUUUGACUGUACAAGGUUCAAGAAUGGAGCCACAACCUGAAGAUAAUUUGGAACCAAGUUUGACAUCGAUAAAUUACGUGGCAAAAACAAUUGGCAGUUUCAUCGACCAGUUAUUGAACUCUAAUACAAUUUCUAGAUUGGAAUACGACAAUAGACAUUUAAUCGGAAAUUCUUUCAUUAGAGAAUUUGAAAGUUUUUCAAAAAAUUCUGAAAAUGUAAAUUAUUUUGAGAAAAAAGACGAUAAAAUGCAAAAAUUCUUAGAUUUCAUGGAUAAGAUUUCAGGAAUUAACAUGCAGAUUAAGAAGAGAGUCAGGAAUUUUGAUGAAUUACUUGAGAAAGUCUUGAGUGUUUAUAUUUUCCAAUUAAAUGCAAAAGAAGAAGUUGAAAAAUUAAUAAAUGAACAAGAAUUGACAAAAGACAAAGUUUCUCAUAAAUUGAGACAUACUUGGACAUGUGUUUCCGGUCUGAGAAGAGAAUUAUUAUCCUUGAAACAAAAGGAAAUCGCUGAAACAAACAAAAACAAAUAUUCUUUGCAGGAUUUCAUUCAAAACAUCACAGAAAAGUGUCAAUUUUUGACAUCAUCAAAACUUUCUUUAAAUCAAAGUGAUGAAGAUGUUGUUAAGUACUUGAAUGACUUGUUUGUUAAUUACAUUCCUGUACAGGAUAUCAUGAAAAUUGCUAAAGAACAAAACAAAAGAUUGUCAUUGAGAAAAAUUUCUUUGGAUGUAAUUUCUGAAUUCAUCAAUAAUUCAAGUGUUUUUAGGAAAUCAACAAUCGAAACAUUUCUUAUUAAUAUCAAGGUUUCCUUUAGUAUUAUUACUGACGAAAGAUCAUCAUUAAUUGGAAAAUUUAGUUUGUAUAAUUCUCUUUUGGAAAGUUUAGAAAAUUGUAUUGAAUCUUUCUAUUCUGCAAUGGUAGAAUUAAAGAGUGAUUGCAUGUAUAUAUCAUUCAUGAAGUUCUUCUGCAAAUGCCCUUCAAUUGUUCAGAAAUUUACUCAAGGAAUUAUUUAUAUUUUGACAAAUUCAAGUAAGAAAUUUUUGAAAUAUGCUGAAUCUGUUUUAGUUUCUUUGAGUAAUGAACCGAUUGUUAUAGAGACAAUUAACAACGGCGCUCUUGAAAUAGAUGAUGAAGAUUAUAGAGCAACAGCAUUCUUCAUUUUAAGUUUGUCUGAAAACGCAAAAGUUCCUUACGAAAUUUUGUUUUCGAAGAAAAAAUCACAAAAAUGUGAAGUUGCAAGUUUACUUUUAGCCGGAAAAUUAUUAGUGAAAGAUAAAGAAGGAGAAGCAGUUUUAAGGGCAAAUCUUGAUAAUUUAGUUGAAGAACUAAGCCAAACAAUGACAGGCGAAGACAACAGAUUUUCUGUUUGUGCAGAAAUCAUUUCUUUCUUUAGAUUUUUGUUGUUACCUUUUUCUGUUCACAAAGAUUUUAUUUUAGAAUAUUUGCAUUCAUUAUUUGUUACGAAAACAAUGAUAUUUACUAACAAAAUCAUUGCAACGUUCCUUAUUUUAGGACAUCCUUUGUUUAGAGCUGAAGAUACAGGAGUUGUUUAUAACUCAAGUAUGAUUAGAAUUUUGUAUAAUGAUGUGAAAAAAGAAGAAAUUGAUAAUGUAUAUCCGAUGGUUAGAAUUUCUAUUGAUCCAAACACUUUCACUUUAACACCAAGUGAAGUAUCUGUUGUUGUUGGUUUGCAAGAGAAAAUCAAUGGAAUUGUCGCUCAAAACAAACCAGUAAGUUUGCACAAAGCAAAUGACAUUGAAAUUUUUUAUUGUUUUUUGGCAACUGCUCUGCAAAAUCCUCAAAACGCAGAACAGUUCAAACCGCAUGCAGCUAAAAUGCUAAAGUAUUGCGAACUCAACGCAAUUACAAGAAAAGGAAUUUCGCCGGCAAAAUUAAUGAACAGAUUGGCAGAAACUUUGUAUACUUUGUCACUUUUCCCAGAAAUUUCUUCACCAAGUGCAACGUCAUGGAUUGAUUAUAAGUUUAUCAGCAUGACUACAGGUAUUGUUCAUAAGAAUCAUUUGGAUUCCGCGUCUGUUGGCAUUUCUCUUUUUGUUGGUGAGAGAAAAAUCCAGAAAAACCAUACAUUCAGUUACAGAAUUGUUUUUGAUAAACCAGGAACUGCUUCCAUUGGUUUUAUUGAUGCAAACAGUAUUCCUACUGAAAUUAAGUUCUACGGACUUACUAAGAAUUUCAAUAAAUACUCGAAUGUAACUGCAAGUCUCUCGCCAAACUCCAUUUGCGUAAGUGACCUCGAUAAGAGUUACAUCAGUGAAUUUUUGACAGGUGACAUGUUACCUGCAAUUAUUACUAUUAAUUGCAGAGUUAAAAUGUCAUAUUCCAUGUCAAAUAAUUCAGUUAUAUACAAUCCACCUGUUACUCCCGAAUCUCCUCUUUUUGAUGACCAUAUUCCUCAUAGAGUUAUUGAAAGCAACCUUGGUUCUUAUGAUGAAAGAAUUCAGACAUUUAACAUGAAAGUUGUCGGAGAAAAAGUGAGGACAAAGAAUGGAAUUAUUGGCGAAAUCGACAGCAUUUCUAGCAGAUCUGAUCCUAAAUUAAAUAUCAGAAUAAGCAACAGAGAUGGUAGCAAUGAAAUCGUUACAAUUCAAGCUAAAAACGCUGAAGUAAUUCCAGAGAAAAUUCAUACUUUAGUUUCAAGGGCAAAAAGGAAAUCAAGAGAUGACAAAAAUCAAGAUUUUGUUUACAGAAACAAUUAUAUCAGGAAGUACAAUAGAAUGGUUGGCAAACUGAUGCUCUUAUGCUUGAGAUCAAUUAUACCUUUAAUCUCAUCAAAUAUCCCACUUUCUACAUUGGAAACAAUCAUGGAUUACGCGUUACCUUUUACUUUUGGUGUCUCAAAUCAAAAAUCAACAAAAGUGACAAAGUUCACUUCACCUUACAUUACAAACAUCAAUUACAGAUUCCCAGGCGACAGAGAGUUUUUGAGCAACUUUGUACAGAAGGAACUACAAAAGUACAAUGUCCAAGACAUCAUAAAUUACAUUGUACAAAAAAUUUCCGCGAAACAAUCUACUUCUAGUAAUUGUGUUUAUCAUAUAUCAUUUUAUGCCAUGCGAACAAUAACUGUUCCUAUUUCUUUGAAAGAAGAUGAAGCAGUUAUUUUCCCUCUCGAAUUCAAUUCACAAGAAAAUGUUGGAGCAACAAUUCCAAAUGGAAAUUAUCGUUUCAGGAAUCAGUAUCAUAUCCAAUAUAUUUGUGUUCCAAAAUAUCUUCCUGAAACAGAUAUAAUGUCUUCUAUCGUUGUCCUUCAUUUUGUUUCUAGUUUCAUCGAUGUUUCCAAAGAUAAAAUAACAUUUGAUGAUAUUCACAACAUGGCAACAAGCAUUUUGAAUCAAAUGCCAAAUAACAACGCAAUUAUUAAUUCCAUGAGAUUGUUUAUCGAAAAGAACACUGAAUUGGCUUGUUACAACAAGAAAUACAUACCUAGUGUAUUGGAAGAAAUCAGAUCUUUGGAUACUAAUGACUUAGGAAUUAUCUCUUUCUUGGCAAACCUCAAACAAAAGAUAAUUUAUUCAUUGGACAUAGAAUCAGAAGAUUUCGAACAUCUCGCAAGAGAAAUUUGCGCAGAAGUAACUAAAGUUGAUAAACAAAUUAAUGAGUUUAUGCUUGUUAAAGCUUUCCAAAAAUUCAGUCUUCCUACUGAUAGAUUCAACAUUAUCGCGUUGAAUUAUGUUGUCGACCAAUUUACUUCUCUCAAACAAAUCUAUAAGAUCGCAUUGGAAUCAAAUAAUAAUUACGAUUGCGAUGUCGAUAUCAAUUUAUAUGAGGAAGUAUCUGAGCCAAUUAAAGAUGAUGCUCUGAAAGAAAUCAGAAGGAAAAUGUUGAUCCGAUUCAUGUCUGUUGAAACAAGUCAAUAUUCUCAGUUCUUUGAUGUUGAUUACUUCCGAUCACAUGAUAUCCAUCUCUCCAUCAAAUCAUUGCCAAACAGAUAUCAAAUUUUUGUUUCUUUCAACAGAUUUUCCGCUUUCAAGUUCUUCGAAGGUGGAGAUUCAGGAAAGAGCUUGAUGCAACAGUUCGCAAGCCAAUACACUGAUUACUCAUGUCUUGCAGUUAUUGGUGCUCAGCCUUGGAGAAUUACUUUGUACGGAGAAAACGCAAUUGAUGCCGGCGGACCAGGAAGAGAAUUAUUCUCACAAGUUUGUGAAGAAAUUCUUAAACCACAGAUGAAACUUUUCUGUUUGACGCCAAACGCCAAAUCAUUCCAUGAAGAAGAAUAUUUGCCAUGUAUUCCUAAUGGUUUAAGUACUUGUGCAGGUGCUUUCAUCGCUGCUUGUGCAACAUCUAUGUUGCCUUUCCAGUUCAAGAUUUGUACUCCGUUUUGGAGAUCAAUGACAGGAAAACCAAUUACUAUUCAUGAUGUUUAUAGUAUUUACAAUGAUUUUGCGAUGCUCGUGCUUAAGUUACAGCAUGCAAAUUACGAAAGCGAAGAAGAGUUCAUAACGAACUACAAAUUGAACUUUGUUAUUCAAGAUUUGUAUGGAAACCAAAUGGAAAUUAUUCCAAAUGGAAAACAAAUCAAGGUAACAUUAGGAAACUUGCAGAUAUUUAUUACAACAGCUCAAGAAAAGUUGGUUGAGCAGUUGAACAAUGCAAUUGAUGCUUUCAAAGAAGGUUUCUACCAAGUUUUGCCACAGAACCUUUGCGCGACAAUUACAACAGAUUCUUUAGUCCAAGCUUGUUGCGGAAUUGAUUUCAUUCCUGAUUCAACAUUCCUCAAUUAUUUCAAUAUGGAUUUGAACUCAACGAUAUUGAGGCAAUCAUUGAUUCAAUUGACACAAGAAGAGCGAUUCGGAUUGCUCAAAUUCGCUUCAGGAUCAAGAAAUCCGAAAGCAAAGAUUCACGUUCAUUUCGACAGAUCUAAAAACUCUGGACUUCCGACUGCUACUACUUGCAUCCUGGCAAUGACUGUUCCUAUGUAUAAAUCAGUUCAGGUUUGCACGAAAUCAUUGAGAGCUGCAAUUCAGUUCUCUUCUGUUAUCACUGAUUCUGAUUUUGAUAUUCGUAUGUUUAAUUUUACUUAA